AUGCAAUAUUUUUGGAUAUCAGUUGAUGCAAGAUAUUCAUCUAGGAGAAAUGUUUACGAAUGUACUCUUGUGGUAUUCGAAACAAAGGCAAAAAAAACAAUUGAACGAUCACACGUUAUCAAGAAAAGAGCAUCUAAUAGAAAAAGUGCCUUACAAUGGUUUAUGGGAGCCUCUAAAUUAAUGGAGCCAGAAGCAUGUCGUUUAGCAAUUACAUCUUUGAAACACAAGUCAUUUCCAGUAAUGGGUUAUGGUAUUUUACAUUUCAAAAUUGGCUCUUUUGUUCAUGACAAAGACUCAACUGUGGCAGCAGUCAUCAAAAAAUUAGAACCAACAGCAUUAGAAAAGUUAGAUCCAAAUCAUGUAAUCAAAAAUCUGAGCAAGGAAGUAGAAGAAAAAGCACCCCGUAUUGCCAGUAUUAUUGUAUCAUCCUUUAGGAAAGCUCUAAAAUUAGCCAACACCACCACUAAUUCAAAUGAGAAACUCCAAGCAUUAUUGAAAGCUUAUCCACAACAUUUACAAAAUAACCAUUCUCUGUGCGAUUCAGGUUGUCCACACACAAUUAAACCAGAAAAAUUGAUCACUAAAGAGGAAGCACAAGUUGUUAAAGAAAUAUUUGACAAACGAAUCAAAUAUAGUCACAAAUUUUGUGAUAUUGCAUGCAAUAGCCAAAACAAUGAGUCCAUACAUAGUACUAUUUGUCAUACAACACCAAAGACAUUAGAUUUCAGUCGAAAUUAUUGUGGAAGAGCUGAUCUGGCAAUAGGUGAACGAUUGCUUGGAAAAUUUGCACAAUUAAGAAAAAUUCAAAGAUUUAUUGGUAGUCUCUUCGUGAUUCCAAAAGAGCAGGCCAUCAAGUUAGAUACUCAAUAUCAUCAGGAUAAAAUAAGGAAACAGUCUAAAGCUUAUAAGGAAAGAAGAGUGGAGCUUCGGAAAACAAAACUUAAGUUUAAACUCAAAGGAAUGGAGUUUGUUAGUUCUCUCAUAGUGGGUGCUCAUGUUUCCAUUCAGUUUUGGAUGGAUACUCAUGAAGAAAGUUAUAGUUCAGAAGUUUCUAAAACGGUUGAAAAAUACUGCGCAGAAACCAACCAUCAUCAUGAUCAGAUAUUAAAAUCCAUCUAA